ACCAAGUAUCGCCAGGAAUUGGGCGCCAUCUGAGACGGCGAGAUGCCCCAGGUGCGGAGGCAGUCCUCAAUUACAGGAUGGAGCGGAAACCGCAACCCCGCCUCAAGAGCGCCCACUGUCAGCCCGAACCCCUGAGGGAACUGGUCAUACGGCCGUUGGUCCGGACGAGGGGCUGACAGGCCGUAACCCUCCGGGAUACAGUAGCGAACCCGGAGCUCCUCCAAAAGCUCCUCGGUCACCACCGACUCUACGUCGUGCCACAGCUUGAGGUUUGCAAGCCGGGCGGAACUUCCCCCCACUUUUAAGGAUACACCCCCCGGAGACAAAUGCCUGACCUCGGGGCCCUCAGAAGAAGAGGUGGAGGACGAAAAAGAGGAGGAAGACGAAGACAUCCUAACCUCAAGACGAUGUGGAAGGCCUGAGUCGAAGGACAAGGCGAACAAGGGGCGGCGGCAACCAAACGGAGCGACAGCAACCAAACGACGAUCAGCGAAACCCCUUUGGGGAAAGCUUAUAUAAAAUAAGCCGAAGGUGACAGUCGAGCUUCCCGAGAAAGGAGAAAUAAAUCGCAGCCGGCAGCGCGCCUGAUCCCCAGAAACUGCGCCACCCCCCUUGAAGCGCCACGUGGCGCGUGGCGCCGCGCAGUCCACUCAAGACGCCCGCGUUCCCGCCCUUGGGAGACAACAGGGCAGUGUUGCCCAAACGCAAUAGAGGUCCCCGCCUCGAACGCAGCGCCAACGCGAGACAGCAUGCAGCCAGUUCAGGUUCCGACCUGCGACUCGUCGAUCCAGUCAUUCCGAGUCAUUCCAGUUCAGGUUCCAACCUGCGACUCGUCGAUCCAAUCGUUCCGAGUCGUUCCAGUUCAGGUUCCAACCUGCGACCCGUCGAUCCAGUCAUUCCGAGUCGCUUCAGUUCAGGUUCCAACCUGCGACUCGUCGAUCCAGUCAUUCCGAGUCGUUCCAGUUCAGGUUCCGACCUGCGACUCGUCGAUCCAGUCGUUCCGAGUCGUUCCAGUUCAGGUUCCGACCUGCGACUCGUCGAUCCAGUCGUUCCGAGUCAUUCCAGUUCAGGUUCCAACCUGCGACUCGUCGAUCCAGUCGUUCCGAGUCGUUCCAGUUCAGGUUCCAACCUGCGACUCGUCGAUCCAGUCAUUCCGAGUCGUUCCAGUUCAGGUUCCGACCUGCGACUCGUCGAUCCAGUCGUUCCGAGUCGUUCCAGUUCAGGUUCCGACCUGCGACUCGUCGAUCCAGUCGUUCCGAGUCGUUCCAGUUCAGGUUCCAACCUGCGACUCGUCGAUCCAGUCGUUCCAGUUCAGGUUCCAACCUGCGACUCGUCGAUCCAGUCAUUCCGAGUCGCUUCAGUUCAAAUUCCGACCUGCGACUUGUCGAUCCAGUCAUUCCGAGUCGCUUCAGUUCAAAUUCCGACCUGCGACUCGUCGAUCCAGUCAUUCCGAGUCGUUCCAGUUCAAAUUCCGACCUGCGACCCGUCGAUCCAGUCAUUCCGAGUCGUUCCAGUUCAGGUUCCGACCAGCGACUCGUCGUCCCAGUCGUUCCGAGUCGCUUCAGUUCAAAUCCCGACCUGCGACUCGUCGAUCCAGUCAUCACUUGCCGCUCGUUUCUCGGACUUAUGGUUCGCCUGUUCAAUACACGAGGACGCCCUCCAUCCACGAAACUCUAAAGACCAAUGUAGCAAACCUCCGCCUUGGGGGGGGAAGUGAUAGGGGAGUCACCAUAAUGUCAGCAGGGAUGCAGACUGUGACUCCAGCCACCCCGUGGUGUGACACCCGAAGGUACUCCCCUAAGGGAGUAAUGACGACGUGACACGCCAUGUCGCCAAUCGAGUGAACGAGCAUUAACAUCGACCUGACAUCGCCAACGUCACCCCUUCACAGCCAGCGACUCCCUCGCCCAUGCCCUGCACGUUCACCCAAACGCAGGGGGCGACGAUCGAGGCCACCCACAUCCUGCGACAAGAUGGUCCGCCACGCGACCUUAAUAGCAAUGUCAAAUCCCGCCAGAGACACGACCUUGCUCUGACAGACAGGAACAUCAGGUAAUAUCAGACCCAAGCUAUAAAGAGUCCAAGGCCCUGAGAAAAAGGGGGAUUCUCCUCUCGUCCACUAAUUAGACCGUCGGAGGGGUCGGGCCGGAGGGACGGUCCGACCUUUGUGCAGGUACACGACGACCGCGCAACCGGGGCGCUGCAUCUAUCCGCCUCCGAAGACCACGACCCGAGCGGGUUGCCGCGAACCCUUUCUCGAAAGACGUCAAGCUCCUCCUGAGAUCCUCGGCAUCCGGACCCCGAACCGAGCCGUACCAUCCUGAGGUCACGGCUUAAACUGGUGUAGGCCGCACAGGAUUAGGCCGCAUCAGAACCGAUUACCGAAGGGGGGCAGCGAAUCUUCCGAUCUCCACGCCGCCGCGAGGAACGGGGACCUCACCACGGUCGAGUCCAUCUGCAACGCUAAUCCCCUCGCCGUCAAUACUCGAGAUCGCCAUUCCCGGACACCUCUUCAUCUGGCUGCUUGGUUUGGGCAGACAGAGGUAGCAAGAUUUUUCUACAAGAAUAACGCCGACAUUGGAGCUGCUGCUGCCAUGGGUGAUACGACUGCGAUCCAUUUUGCUGUUCAGAAAGGUCAUCUAGAGAUAAUUAGGAUCCUAUUAUCCUCUGAUGUCUCUGUCAAGGCCUGCUAACUUGAAAGGUUUGACCCCUCUGCACUAUGCCGUCCAAGGAUCUCAUCCAGAGCUCAUCGAGUAUCUCAUUAAUAAAGGUGCAAGCCUCACCGCCACGACAAAGGCCUAGCAAACACCGAUUGACCUUGUGAGCACCGAGGAAGUCUGUGCCCUUCUCGUUGAGUGCAAACAGCCUAUGACCAAAGAUGAUAAAUCUACUACGAUCAAGGAGGUUGGUGACUCGGUUUCAACGGAUAAUAUUAAAGAAAACAAUGGAGUCUCCAUCCUUGAAGAGUCAGCUAAUGUCGAUGAAGAAGGCACGGACACUAAGGAAAAGAGAAGAGGUGAAGCAGUUGCUGUUGAGGACUCAUCAAAACAUUAAAAGUCUUAAUGUUUCCCUUGAUCACCUUUUGUUUGAAAAAUGAUGUACAAGAUGAGGAUGAAGAAUAGGACUCAGAUACGAAAGACAACAAUCAUGUAAGGGCAGCUCUAGUGUUGAAGCUCUAACAUUUUAUUGGUAACUUUAUGUGUUGUUUUCUGGGA